CACACACACACACACACACACACACACAUCAGUUAGUCUGCUGGAGCUGCUGGUGUCUUCAAACUCAACCUGUCUGAGCUCAUUUUUACCACACUCAUUACCGCAGUAAAAGACGAGGCCUCUGGCUACGCUUCACCUUUAUCCUGACAUUCACAUCUCACAUAUAACCAUUAGAUCUCAGCCAGCGUUACUGUGUUCCCACGUGUGCUGCUGAUUUCAGGAACAGCUGUUGGAUGUGGUGUUUUGGUGCACUUUCUUCAGUAGCAGCUGUAGUAAUAAUCCCAGGACAACUUCUAAUUCAUGUGUCCCCAACAUACCAUACAUACAAACAUAUACAACAUAUUUUACUACUUUUUAACAUAAAAAUUCCUUUUGCAGCGAUGCAUAUUUUCAUCAUCGAACAGAUUUUCAGGAUGAAAUAAUUGUAGACAUUAACCAGACAGUUUUUUUGAAGUGCAUUGUGUUUGUUCACGGAUCCGUGUUCUCGGUGUGUUGCUGAAGGCUUUAUUUGCUCGAGUGAUGGCAGGUGUGUUUCCAUAGAGGCUCAUUAGACUGGAUCCGAGCAGAAACCAGUUCUGCCGGUGUCCGUGUGUGUCUUUAGUCAAAUGCUCUGUUCACACUCCGUCAGGUGCAAGUGUGUUGUGUGUUUGUGUUGCUCUCCGUCUGUGUGAUGGACAGCUCUCCGUCCGUCAGGAUUGAAGCAGGACAGUGAGUUUCUCUGGAGGACGUGUCUCAGAUAUCAUCCGGAGAUCAGUGGAAGCGCAGCUAAGUCCAAGAACAGCAUGAGAAGAUCUUCAGACAGCAGAGGCUUCCAGACUCCAGACGAGACGCAUCUAGAGUUUCUGGAGCACAGCGGCAGCGUCUCACGCAGAUCCACCACGAUGGAGGAGGAGGAGGGCUUGAAUCGGCCCGAUGGAUCCAGCGUUCGUAAUAGCUUCAAGAGCCACAACAAAACCUUCCACAAACUCUUCCCUGACGUCCCUGAGACGGAGGACCUGGAACACGUGCAAAGCUGCGGUCUGCAGAAGGAGGUGAUUUACCACGGUAAGAUGUACCUGUCCAGUCAUCACAUCUGCUUCCACUCGUCUGUGCUGCUGAAGGACACCAAGGUGAUGAUCCACAUGUCCAGCGUUCAGAGCUUAAAGAAGAAACACACAGCUAAGAUCCUUCCCAGCGCCAUCGCCGUCAUCACCACAGACAGACACAAGUAUCUGUUCGUGUCGUUACUGAAUCGAGACGCGUGUUUCCGGCUGCUGCAGUCUCUCUGUUCACAGCUCCAGUGUCAGAUGGAGAGCAGCAGCAUGAAAUCCUCUUCUCCGGAUCUGGAGUUCGACACGAUUUCCAGCCUGUCGAGUCUAGAGGAGAAUCCUGAGAAUCCCUCGAUUCAUCCCUCGGACGAGAGUCAAGCUCUCCAGCCUGAAGAACGAGGAAGCUCAACGCCUCAGGACGAGUCCAGCAGAAAGAUCAGCUCGAGCACAGCGGUCUCCUGGGUUACCAUGGUAACAGAGAAGGUCAGAUCUGUUCUGUCGUCCAAUGAGACGCAAGGCCUGGACACACUGCUGCUCUUCUACGUGAUCCUUGUGAUUCUUCUUCUGCUGUCGUCUGGUUACAUCGGUUUGAGGAUCAUGGCACUGGAGCAGCAGCUGAGCAUUCUGGGAUCGAUGCAGAAAGAGAACCUGGAAGCGUGAGAACAGCGAGAGUCCUGGAGGAGAAUCACUCGGACUCUGAAUCAGAGGAAGCUGUCGAGUCAAGUCAUCUCACAGACUGCGUCGAAGCAACUGAACAACAUUCAUUAGGAGAACAGUUCGUCAAUAUGACAGUUAAAGCAGGUCAUCAUUGCAUUCAGUGAUGUCAUCAUCUCAGUUCAGUUAAAACAGUGUCUGUGCAUUUAUUUGCAAUCAAGUCAAAAAAUAUCGCUGUAGAUGAAGUGAGAGAAUGGAGCCACACACACACAAUCACUCACACACACACACUCUCACACACACAGACGCACGCACGCACACACACACACACACACACACACACACACACACACACUGUAGAUGAAGUGAGAGAAUGGAGUCACACACAUACUCACACAUACUCUCUCACACACACACAAACACACACGCACGCACGCACGCACGCACACACACACUCUCACACACAUACACACACACACACACACACAAACAAACACACACACACUGUAGAUGUGAGAGAAUGGAGUCACACACAUACACACACAAUCACUCACACAUACUCUCUCUCACACACACAUGCACGCACACACGCACACACACACACACACAAUCACUCACACACACACUCUUACACACACACACACACACACACACAGACAAACACACAAUCACUCACACACACACACACACACACACACAGUCAUUAAUGCUGGUCAGAUGGAGACUGUGUGGAUCAGAGACCUGCAGCUCAUCCUGACCUCGCUGACCUAAUCAUGUAUUUAUGCUGUAUUUCCUAACCUUUCUCCUGUUCUAUCAGUCUAAGAGCAGAUGGUCUCUGUUUCACGCUGAGGUCAGUGUUCAGAUUAUAAACGCUGGUGUUUCUGAUCUGUCUUCAAGGAUUUCUGCUACUAAAGGUCUUUCCAUCAGAUCUGAGAUGUUUAUAGUGUUUUAUAUCAUCUUAAUGUUGCUAUUAUGAAUUUUAUUUGUCAUUCUUAUUAUGAUUGUGAAUAUUUAUUCUGAGACAUGUAAAAACAAUAAAGUAUAUUUCUGAUGA